CUCUACCUCGGAGGUCCCCAUUGGACUCUGGGAACUGACCAGGAAGGGACUCUGUGAGGCUCCGAGGGAGCCUGGGAGCUUCAGAGAGGGAAAGGGGUAGAAGCUCAGCCGCUUCUCCACCGCAGGUCCCAAGCAGGUCCUGGCUUGACUUGCUUUGCUUGGCACAGCCAUCUGCACGGCAGGAGCCUCCCCCUGCCCAGACCUGCCCCGGGAGCAGGAGAAGCGGAGCGAUGGCAGACUGUUACACGGAGCUGGAGCAGGCCGUCGUGGUCCUGGUGGAGAAUUUCUACAAGUACGUGUCUCGGCACAGCCUGGUCAAGAACAAGAUUAGCAGGAGCAGCUUCCGCAAGAUGCUGCAGAAGGAGCUCAACCACAUGCUGACGGACACGGGGAACCGAAAGGCCGCCGACAAGCUCAUCCAGAACCUAGAUGCCAAUCACGACGGGCGCAUCAGUUUUGAUGAGUACUGGACCUUGAUAGGCGGCAUCACCAGCCCCAUCGCUAACCUCAUCCGCCAGCAGGAGCAGGCCACUGUCAGUUAGGGCCCCUCCAGGCCCUGACCCUGACGCCCAGCCCCCAUGCUCUCGGCCAGGCCCCUCCUCAGUGUUCUCUGCCCACCAGCUUUCUCAGCUUCUCCCCUCUGACCUUCUUGCCACCCUUGUGAACAGGGUCUCUGUUUUCCGUUGGGGGGUGCUGCUUCUCUGAGAGUCUCAGUCCCUGGAACCAGUGAACAUUCUUCUGUGAAAUCUCAAUGCUGUUUGGGGAGCCCAAGGGUUUCCUCGCCUGUCUAGCCCACCGACCUGUCCAAUACGUGUGGUAGUUCUUGAUGGUUGGUGCCAACCUCCUGCAGGGGUAGCCCUCUGCUUCUGGCAGCAGCAGAAGUGACUGCCCCCAUCCUUUGCCCCCAUGCUGGGUAGAGAAGUAGGUCCAGGGCUCCCCUCGGGCUGCCACUGUGUCCCUCCAUCCGGGAAUGCGCUAAGCAGGCCUGGGCCUCCUCCCUCCUGCUCAGCCGCUGGAGAAUGGCAAUAAAGGCUGGAUUUGGAGUUUGUA